AUGGACACGCAGUCGACGGGCGAGUGUCUGGUGUGCGGUAGCGAGACGAAGAACCGGUGCUCAGCGUGCGCGCAGGCAGGAAUCGACCUCUUCUUCUGCUCGCCGAAGUGUCAGAAGAUGGUCUGGCAAGGCCACAAGCUGUUCUGCGGGCCAAACGCCUUUCCUCUUGCCUUCCCGCUCUUCUCGCAAGCCGAAGCUUCCGACAUCCUCGACAGCCUGGAACAGCCGGUUGCGAGAGCGGAAGAGCCUUACACAAGGUCUGCCACCGUCAUGGAAGAAAUCAAGGCGCACCUGGGUUGGCCAGACGCGACCAAGGCGGACUUGAUUGAACUCAUCUCGAGUGGUACCGGUGACGCCGCUCCGUCAGCCUCGCCAGCACUCGAUCAGCUGCCUGCAAUGCUGGUCUGGUCUCGCUAUGCAAUUCUUGCAACGCACAGAACCAUCGACUCCUUCCGCCAGUUCCUACUUCAAGGCAUGGCUGGGUUUUAUGCGCUCCUUUUCGGUGCAGGAGCCCUCCCGCCUGUUCUUCCCCAAGACUUGGACGUCCGGUCGGCGAGGCUGCUUCACCAGAUGCUUUGCAUCCUGACGCUCCACGCCGCCUACUCGCCUCCUUCUCCUUUCGUAGGUGAAGCACGUCCGCCUCCUUCGACGUCUGAGGAGUGCAAGAGGUGCGUUACUGCGUUGAUGCAGUACGCUGUCAAGACCUUCGGACUGGAGUACCUGCAGAAGUUGAGUGUGGCGUUCAAAGGCCGUUCUCGUUCGCCCGGCCCGAGCAGGCGGUAG